GCUUUAUUCAACCUUGACCAGCUUCCGUUCAACUUCAACCACCUUUUGUUCAACCUCAAGUAUCCAACCUUUGUUCAAGUCCUGUGAAUAUUAUACUUUUGUAUUAGAUCUACUCCUUUUUACAUUAUGCUUGCUCCUCCUACUCUUGCCAUUGCAUCUCUAGCACUUUUCAUCUCAUCAACUUGUGCUUCAUUUCCCGCCGACACUUCUGCAUUGGAUGGGUUUUCCGAAUUUGCUCCUGCCGCUGCACUUCGUGAAAGUAAAAGAUGGCGUAAACGAGCACCUCGUACUCCAGUGACUACUAAUAGGCGUACAAAUAAUGGUGGUCGUCGACAAUCUCCUGGUCGAAGAGUUCCCAAUCGUACAAAUACUGGCGGCCGUCGUCGACAAUCUCCUGGUCGAAGAGUUCCCAAUCGUACAAAUACUGGCGGCCGUCGUCGACAAUCUCCUGGUCGAAGAGUCCCCAAUCGUACAAAUACUGGUGGCCGUCGUAAUAGAGGAAAUCGUAAUGAUCCGACUACUUCUGCUCCUGCUCCUGCCCCAACUGGUAAAGCUGAUACCUCUGGCUUGCCUACUGGUGUUGACUCAUUUACACCUCCCGCUCGUGGUUCAUUUUGCCGUAAAUUUGGCCGUAUUGCUGCCGGAAACGGUUCUCAGCACAAAGAUGGUACGGAAAUGUGUUCCUCAAAUACCUUGGGUCUGAUUCCUGACGUCUCCAAAAUGGUCUCCACUAUCAUUACAACGCCAUCCUCUGGUAGCCGAGUUGAUGCUUCCAAAAAUCUGACCAUUACCGUUGACAAUAUCCAUCUGGCUUCCGGUUUCUUUAAUCUUGCCAAUGAGCAGUAUUACCUUGCUCCUCAAACUCUCGAUUCCAAAACUGGAUUCUGUGAGGGUCACCAGCAUAUUACUGUUCAAAAACUCGGUGAUCUUAAUGCUCCUCCUGAUGCAAAAGUAUUUGCCUUUUUCAAGGGAAUCAACGAUGCUGCCAAAGAUCCGGCUAAACAAAUUCUUCAGGCCGUCAUGCCUGGCGGUACAAUCAAGGAAGAAGGUCUUUAUCGUAUCUGCUCUGUAACUGGUGCUGAUUCUCAUCAACCUUUGAUAAUGCCAGUUGUCAGACGUGGUCCUCAUGACGACUGCAUCCGUGUCAACUUUUUCAAUACUGCCGGCGGAGCAAACAACAGGGUUGGCUCUGACACUUCAGUGAAUACCCAUAUUACCAUUAAUGAUCAAGGCACUAAUAUUACCGUCAAGGGAGUUGAUAAUCAAGCACAAUCUUUAAGCAUUACAAUAGAAGCUAAUACUGCUACUGAUUCCACAUCUACUGCCAAAGAAACUCUGGGUUCCACUUCUACUGAUUCCACAUCUACCGCCAAAGAAACUCUGGGUUCCACUUCUACUGAUUCCACAUCUACCGCCAAAGAAACUCUGGGUUCCACUUCUACUGAUUCCACAUCUACCGCCAAAGAAACUCUGGGUUCCACUUCUACUGAUUCCACAUCUACCGCCAAAGAAACUCUGGGUUCCACUGCUACUAUUGUAGCUUCAUCAGAAACUCAGGCUGAGUCACAAAGUGACUCAUCUACUUCUGCAGAUAGUGAGACUACCACUAGACGUCGUACUCGUAUCACUACCGAUGCCGUUACUACUGAUAUAUCUCAGCAAACGACUACUGUGUUGGAAGUGACUACUGUCGUAUCUGAUCCCACUACCACUACUGAACGCAAUUUUUCGACGGAUUCUUUGCCAACACCAACAUUGACAACCGAUGGAACAAUUCAGACACAAUCAUUACCCCAGCCUACUUCUGAUAAUGGUAACACUGGUGGAUCUACCAACACUGGCGGAUCAACUGACAACGGUAACACUGGUGGAUCUACCAACACUGGCGGAUCAACUGACAACGGUAACACUGGCGGAUCUACUGAUAACGGUAACACUGGUGGAUCUACCAACACUGGCGGAUCAACUGACAACGGUAACACUGGUGGAUCUACCAACACUGGCGGAUCAACUGACAACGGUAACACUGGUGGAUCUACCAACAACGGCGGAUCAACUGACAACGGUAACACUGGUGGAUCUACCAACACUGGCGGAUCUACUGAUAACGGUAACACUGGUGGAUCUACCAACACUGGCGGAUCAACUGACAACGGUAACACUGGUGGAUCUACCAACAACGGCGGAUCAACUGACAACGGUAACACUGGUGGAUCUACCAACACUGGCGGAUCAACUGACAACGGUAACACUGGCGGAUCUACUGAUAACGGUAACACUGGCGGAUCAACUGAUAACGGUAACACUGGUGGAUCUACCAACACUGGCGGAUCAACUGACAACGGUAACACUGGUGGAUCUACCAACACUGGCGGAUCAACUGACACUGGCAACACUGACAGUACUAUUUCCAACUAAAUAUUACCGAAAAUGCCACAGCCUAUCUACUUUUUACAACUGAGCAAUAUAUCAUAUUGAAUUUGUAUUGUUGUCUUCAUACAUGUUUAUGAAAAUAAAUCAAUGUUUUUUAAAUU